AUGGAUACAUAUGGAGUCCUCAUCUUGUUCCUAAACCAAAAGAUUGGGGACCUAAAAUUUAUGUGGUUGGAUUUUGUUUCCUUGAUCUCGCAUCAAACUACAAACCCCCUGAAGAACUUGUACGCUGGCCCAAAGCCUAUCUACAUUGGAUUUGGUAGCCUUCCAGUUCAAGAGCCUGAGAAAAUGACACAGACAAUCGUUAAAGCCCUAGAAAUAUCUGGACAAAGGGGCAUCAUCAACAAAGGAUGGGGUGGUCUUGGAGUGUAUCCAUCAUUUGUGCUUGAAAGAUGCAAGUAUAUAAUGAACGAAUUCAAGAACUACAAGCAAAGGGGAAUUGUCCAGUCGUGACGAGAAAAAGUAUAAAGCACUCAAGUGCGCUACAGAACGAC